AUGUCGCAUUUAACAGAAGACGACAGCACAAUAGAGAGAAAGUAUGUGAAGGAGAAGAAAAUUGGCGAGGGUACUUAUGCUGUAGUGUAUCAAGGAAAAGAAGCGGCUACUGGCAGAAAAGUCGCAAUAAAGAAAAUCAAACUCGGUCAAUCACAAGCGGGUGUUAAUGGAAUAGAAUUAUCUGCCAUUAGAGAAGUAAAAAGCCUACAAGAAUUGCAACAUCCGAACAUAAUCGAAUUGAUAGAUAUAUUUUCACAUAAAACAAAUCUCAACCUUGUGUUGGAGUAUUUAGACUCUGAUCUCGAAAUGAUUAUCAAAGAUAAGAACAUUGUGUUCAUGUCGUCCGAUAUAAAAAGCUGGAUGUUAAUGACUUUGAGAGGAUUAGAUCAUUGUCACAAAAACUGGAUUUUACAUCGAGAUAUGAAACCGAAUAACUUGUUGGUGGGGAAGGAUGGACAGUUAAAACUAGCUGAUUUUGGACUUGCGAGAGAUUUCGGGGAUCCGAUGGCUAAGAAUAUGUCUACUCAAGUGGUUACGCGAUGGUAUCGCGCUCCGGAACUUCUUUUCGGCGCCAAGCAGUAUGGCUAUGCGGUUGAUAUGUGGUCGGUCGGUUGCAUAUUUGCCGAACUGAUGUUACGAGUACCUUACCUGCCCGGUGAAACAGACAUUGAGCAAUUGGAUCUGAUGUUUCGGGCCCUAGGAACGCCGACGGAAGAAGAUUGGCCGGGUUUCAAUGAAUUGACACAGAUGAAGUUUCAAAAGUAUCCCAAGACACCGUUGAAAGCGUUAUUUACCGCCGCCGGAAAUGACACUUUGGAUUUAUUGGAAAAGAUGCUCAGCUAUGAUCCGAAUAAGAGAUUGACAACGCGCGAGGCUCUCAACCAUCCAUAUUUUCGAAAUAAACCUCGUCCAACACCUCCGGGAAAGCUUCCGAAACAAGAAAAGUCCAACCACCUGAACGAACCCGUAUCGCCAUCUUCGUCAUCCGCAUCGCCAUACUAA